AAAUCUGGUUGAUACAUAUGGGUAUCAGGGCCUCAUUUACUUACCACAACGGGGCCACAAAAAUCUAAUAUAAAAACCGGCCCUGGUUUUCUGGUUCACCGCGUUGCGACUGAAGGCAACGAUUGUUAGCGUUGCAAUGGGGAGAUGCAGCGAAGGCGAAGCUAGUUUUCCCGCGACGUCGCUGCUCCAUUCCCUCCAUCGGGUAACGUCGGUGGGCCUUGUGUGGUGGUGUCCGUGGGUUGAAGUUGCGGGUGACGGGUUCCAGGCGACGUCGAUGGCGACAGGGCACUAGGCGUUGCAACAAGGCGAGAUGGCGGAGCCGUGCUGGGUUUUCCGAGGAACAUUCGAAUUCUCGCUCUCCUCCUUCAGCGGCGCCAUCGUGAUUACUGUCUCCAUGACUCCAUUCUUCCUCCGUCCGGCUGCACUAGUUGGUUCUUCAGUUCGUUGCCGAGAUUACUGUGUGAGGAGCCUGCUACUACUGCUGCUUCUUCAUGCUUCUCCCGUCGACGCCACAGGAGGUUACUGCACCGACAGUGAAGAUAGGGAGAAUUCUGGGGUUUUUCUUCUCAUGUUAAUCGUCAUCGUUGUUAGCGCAAUGGAGGAGAUACGGUUUGCAUCACUAAGGUAGGCCAUUAAUUAUCUUUUAUUGUUAUUAUUGGUAAUUGUGCUACAGUUACAGUUAACCGCUA